AUGGGUAUGAAAAGGAGAAAACAUACUUCAACCAGAAUUACUGGUGUAGAAGAAAAAAUACAAAAAAAUGAUAAUAAUAAUUCAAUACAAAAUUCAAAUAAUCAACAAAAUAAAAUAUUUGGAAAAGAACAAUAUUUGCCUGAAAAAUCUAAUAUUAAAUUUGAAGAUGUGGGAGGGUGUGAGGCACAAUUUUUGGAAGCAAUUUAUAUGUUGAUGCAUUUAAAACAGCCUGAACUUUGUACAAAUUUAGGAGUUAAUCCUCCAAAAGGGUUACUUUUACAUGGACCUCCAGGAUGUGGAAAAUCUUUAUUUGCACGUGCAAUUUCUGGAGAACUUCAAAUUCCAAUUUUAUCAAUUUCUUCGACAGAAUUAAUUGCUGGAAUUUCUGGUGAUAGUGAACGUCGAAUAAGACAAUUAUUUGUUGAUGCUGAAGCUAGAAAUACCCAAACUUUAAUUUUAAUUGAAGAUAUUGAUGUAAUUGCAGCAAAAAGAGAAAAUGCUCAACGUGAAAUGGAAAGAAGAAUUGUGACACAAUUAAUUGCUUCUUUGGAUGAUCUCAAUUCUACUCUUUCAAAAGUUUUUGUUAUUGGGACGACAAAUAGACCUGAAAUUUUAGACGCGUCUUUACGUAGAGCUGGACGUUUUGACAAAGAAAUUUCGAUUGGAAUUCCAAAUUGUCGAGCCCGAUUAGAAAUUCUAAAAAUUGCGACUAGAAAAAUGAAUUUGGCAGAAAAUGUUGAUUUAAAACGUUAUGUUGGUGCUGAUUUAUUUGCACUUGUUCGUGAAGCUUCAACAAGAGCUUUAAGUUUUGCUUUUUCAAAAAGCGAAGAAGAUAAAAAACAAAAUUUAAUUUUAAGUAAUAUUCCAAAGAAGAGAACUUUGGAAGAAAUUCGCGAAGAACUUUUUAGAGCUUGUAAUUGGUUCAAAGAGCCAUUAAAUACAAAUUCUUUAAUUGCUAAUAAUAACAAUGAAUUAACUAUUUCAAUGAAUAAUUUUGAAUGGGCUCUUUCAACAGUCCAUCCUUCAGCAAAAAGAGAGGGGUUUGCAACAGUUCCAGAUGUUACUUGGGAAGAUAUUGGUUCGUUAGAGAAAAUAAGAUCAGAAUUAAAUUGGUCAAUAUUGUAUCCAAUCCAAAAGCCAGAAUAUUUUGAACAUUUUGGUCUAAAUGCCCGUCCACAAGGUAUUCUUUUUUGUGGACCUCCUGGCUGUGGAAAAACAAUGUUGGCAAAAGCAGUAGCAAAUGAAACUGGAAUGAGUUUUAUUAGUAUAAAAGGCCCAGAGUUAAUGAGUAUGUAUGUUGGGGAAAGUGAACGAGCUGUCAGGACUGUCUUCCAACGUGCAAGAGAUUCUGCUCCGUGUACUGUUGGAAGUGCUCGAUUAGUUAAUCAAUUAUUAACUGAAAUGGAUGGUUUAGAAGCUAGAAAAGAUGUUUUUCUGAUUGGUGCUACGAAUAGACCAGAUAUAAUCGACCCAGCUAUUUUGAGACCAGGGCGUUUCGAUAAAGUAAUUUUUAUAGACUUUCCAAGUGUUAAGGAGAGGGCGGAUAUUCUUCAUACAAUCACAAGAAAUAAAACAAGGCCAAGAAUAUGCCCUUCCGUUUCUUUCGAAAAGAUGGCAGAAAAUCAAGCAAUGGAAUUUUUCACAGGCGCUGAUCUUGUAGCUUUGGUACAUGAGGCAACAUUGAUAGCAUUGAAGGAAAGGAUUGAAUGCAAAAACCUCUCAAUCAAUUCUGUAAUCAGUGAAAACUUUGAGGAAGCGUUAAAGAAAGUUUCGCCCUCCGUGAAAUUCGAGGAUCGUUUGUAUUAUAAGAAAUUAAAGGAAAAGUUUUCAGUUGAAAAUUUUAAAAAAUAA